UACGAAAGGACGUGGAUCGUUCUGCUCCUAGAGCUGUGUUCAGUGUGGAUCUCCUUUUACUGGUGUAGCGAAUACUUCAUUCCUCUGAGAGCAACUGAUGCUAUCACCGACGCAUGGAUCUUGCCAAGUACAGUUAUCGAAGCACCUUGGAUUUUUAGAGAAGAUAUAUUGAGACUUUCCGUUAAGGAAGAAUGGUCUUUAUGAUUAAACUUCCACCUGCACUCGCCAUGUCCCCUCCAGUUGAGCAGCACCGCAAGGACGACCGCCUAUCCCUCCUGACCAACCUGCAUCGAUCAUACGGCCAGUCGGAUAAUGGGAUUCAGCCGUACGGACAAGAGGCGGCAUCUGUGCAGCAGCAAUUCAGCCAGCAGCAUCAUCGACGGAAUACCAAUUUAGAGCCAGAAAAGAUCUUUUGCCUCAGACAACAGUUUCUCAUGGCCGCCGCCAUCAUCGUCGUUGCGAGUUUAGUUGUUUUCGUGCUUUUCGUAACGACAUUCAGAAGAGUGCCAAAUGACGAUUCCUUCCUAAAUAUCGACCCUCUGUCCGGGACACAAGGGUUCUCCAACAUGCACAGGCAGGUUGCAGUCAAAACCAGCUGUGGUCAUGUCAUCGGGAAGACAGAGGACGGCGCCUACGUUUUUAAGGGUAUCGCGUACGCCACACCACCUGUUGGAACGAGAAGAUGGAGAAAGCCCGUGCCUUUGUGGGUGGAUAGCGCCUGGUGCGAUGAGCACCAGACGCAGGAAGCAUUCACAUUUGGUUCCAAAUGCUUUCAGCUGAACCCUUACACAAAGAUGUACGAGGGAAGCGAAGACUGUCUCUUUCUUAACGUGUGGACACCAUCAUUGGAUUCAUCGAGGACAGGUUUGGAAGUCAUGGUUUGGAUACAUGGCGGGUUCCUGCAGUUCGGCAAUGGAAAUGAGCCUGGCUUAAGUCCAACUGCCAAAUUGGCACGUAAAAUGAACAUGGUGUUCGUGUCCAUGAACUAUAGAUUAUACACUCUUGGAUUCAUGGCGUUGGAUUUGCUAUCAGAUGACAUAUUAACCGAUUCGAAAGGAAAUUAUGGCCUGUGGGAUCAAUUAUGUGCUCUUCAGUGGGUCAAAGAAAAUAUCCGAAAUUUUGGAGGCGAUCCUAGAAAGGUAACGCUUUUUGGUCCAGAUGCCGGAGCUGCAAGCAUCAUGGCUCUGAUGUCUUCACCCAAGGCUCAAGGACUCUUUCACUCGGCGUGGCUGAUUGGGCCCACUAUGGUCUUCAAUCGGAGUUUUGAAGAAGUCACAACACAUAACAAGGGGCUGUUCUUGCAACGCUCGGGAUGUAAAGAUGCCCAGUGCUUGAGAAAAGGAGUUGCGCAGGAUAUCAUAGCUGCGCACUUGGGGAAGGAUGACGCUUCUUUUAGAAUUAGGGAUCAGAAUGAUCUACCCAUACAAGGGAUAUUUCCGGAGCAACUCAUUGUUAUGGACGGUGAGCUACUUGAACAGCCUCCAGCAUCUGCAUGGAAAAAUCAAGAGUUGAAGAGUAUUCCUCUGCUUAUAGGUUCAGCAGCUCAAGCAGUUGACUUUUGGCCCGGGCCAGAUGAUCUUCCCACCUGGACAUGGAAUCAGUACAAGAAAUAUGUUACUACGAGCCUGGACAGUUUUGGUCUGCAAGUCAGUCAAAUGGCUCUCCGAAUUUACAAUGGAACUGCACUGCAGUCGAACAGUUCGAACUUCACCGCCGAAUAUCUUUACACAACCAUGGUAUCAGAUAUUCGACAAUCCUGUCCUGUUAACACUUUAGCGAACCAACUCUCGAAGGUGUCUCACUCACCGAUUUAUCGAUAUAUAUUAACAGAAAGACCUUCCAAUUCAGUGCGGUUGUUCAAUUAUUCGGCAAAAUACAGUUUCCAUAUGUGGGAUUUAAUCGCUUUUUUUGGAGACAUGGAAACAUUUCUAGCUAACCCAGACCAAGACGAUGAAGCUUUUGCAGAAGUUGUACAGAAUAUGGUGUCUAACUUUGUGAAAUCGAGCGGCGACAGUGUUGGCGAUAGCGAUUGGCUGCGUUUCCCGAAGAAGAUUGCCAAUUUGGCUAGAAAUAUCACUUUCGGAAGCAUCAAUAAAACAGAAUGCAAGUUCUGGUCUGAAAGUAAACUCGAUGUUUACGCCUGGGUCAGUUAAAAUAAGAACUUCGGGUCGUUAUUAUUUUAUUAUUCGAUUAAAAAUCUUGGUAAAUCCGCGGAUUGGAUGAAAAAGGAUAAAAAAAAUCUGAUGACAAUUGAUAUUUUCAUUUUAUCUCGUAUAGGAAGAAUUUACACCUCUUCAUAGGGCUUUAUCUUUUUUCAAAUUCCAACGUCUUUUUCAUAUUCUACUCAUCAUUCAGUAGUUUUAAGCAUUUUUUGAAAAAAAUUGAACUAAAAUACUAUGAAAUGAGGUAUGAUUAUGAUAAAGUGGAACAAGAAAUUUCCUGAUAAUGAAAAGACUUUCUAAGGAUCGUCUUGUAAUUUUUAAGAAAAACUGUUGUUACAGUAUAUAAAUUUUCUUGGUAUGCAUUCUAAACCAUGAUCCAAAGUGAGCAUGUUAACAAUCAUGUAAAUAUUUCAAACAUGAAAUUAUAUUUUAAAGAACAUGUUGAAUGCAGCAUCAAACGAAACAAUCAUUCAUCUUCAAUCAGAUUUAUCUUUACAAGUCGUUGAGGCCCCUACAAUGUUAUCAGGAAAUUACAAGAACCUUUAAAUAUAAAAGGAAAAUACUAAUCAUUUAUUUCAAAAUAUCUGUGCUAAAUAGACAGUGUAUUAUAGAUAUUGGUGUGCCAAAAACGAGCUAUUAAUAUUUUCAUGAGCUUUCCAUUACUCAUUCCUUCAUAAAGACUCAGUUCUUAAUUUUUCUCAAUGAUGGUGUGAUGACUUUUCCAAUCCGCGGAGAAUGGUGGAGCUCUCAAAUCAAAUCAUGAUGAGAAACACAGCAUUUAUUUCAAUCAUCGUUUUAUAAUCGUCCAGCGUGAAACGCCAGGAUGUGACAGCGUCACAAACUUUCUAUGACUGAGAUGCGAACUUUACUGUACAUAUAGGUGUGGAUUAUUUCUUUUACGCAAGCUCGUGUUUAUACGCUAUUUUUUACUUAAUUUGUGAACACAUAUGAUCCUUGUUUUAUCGCCAUGGCCAUUACUCUUAUGAGUUGUACCUUAUAAAAUUAUCUGAUAAUAAUUUGAAAAUGAAUAUGCUGAAAAUAAGACUUCUAAAUAGAGGAUGCACAUGCUAGUAAUAAAACUGAUAAUAAGUUUUUAAAUUCUCUAAAUGAUUUCGAAGAUAUCUGUUAUAAUUUCUUAAACCAACAGACUGAAUGAAAAGAUUGAGUACAUUUAAUUUAUAACACUUAUAUUGUUUUUUUUAAUUUAUAAAAUUUUAAUAAGUUUUGCUUUAUGAUAUUACCGAUGAUAUUUUUAUGAUAUUUUUGUUUUAUGAUACUACCGAAGUAUAAGAGUCUAAUUCAGAAAUCAUCCUAAUAGAAACAUUUCAGCCUUUAUAAUGGGUAAAAAAUAACAAACAUCUUUAUAAAAAUAUAUAGACUUAAUGAAAUCUAAAUCAAAUAAUAUCAAUAAAUAAAUUAAUUAAAUCCUUUUCUGCCUAAAUUAUG